AUGGCCAACAGACUCACUCCGCAAGGAGCUCUUCCGACUCGGCCAGCCGUGCCGCAGCGAAAUGAUACGCAGCUGCCGCCCCAUGAAUCCGAAGCCAUCACCAGCAUUCCAGUGACGCCAGGAAUCUCUCAGGGAACCUACGGCCUCGAACGCCCCAAUGGAUUCCCCAGCUCGAGACGGCCUCAACAAGACAAACAAGACUACUUUCCUCGACGAACGGCUCAUACGGUGCCGGCUCAGCCACCUGCUGUGUCACCCUUGAACGAGAUCACGCUGGCAGCGAGACGAGGCGAGAUUCCCCUGAGCGGCAACAUUCUGUCCGUCACGUUCACUCUGCCUCAGCUCCUGCGGUUUCGGAGAGGAAGGAAAUGGGAGCUGGAGCACAAGUACCACUGUUCUGCCCACCUGGACUCCCUCACCUACCUCUCUUCGCCCGAGAGCCCGUGGCAACACACCGUGGUCGCAUGGACGGGGGAGAUAUACAACGUAACAGACAACGAAAGCGCAUCCGCCUCGCAGGAACAGCUUCAGGAAUCGGUCCCGGCUUCGACAACCACCUCGCUCGGCGGACAUGCCCCUGGAGACGAGGAUGUGGGAUCUGGAGAAACGUUCAUCUCCCGCAAAAGCAAGGCGCUUCUCGAAGAGAAGCUGUACAACGACCACAUACGAACCGUGCCCGUCUGGCUGGCCGAUGAACGCGACAUCACGGACGCCGGAAUCAAGCUGAAGGGCCAGUCGAGAUGGAGGCGGUAUGCCGAACACGAUCUCUGCGCAUUGUUUCACUACAAGCAACGCGCCCCAACAGACGGCCAUGAGGCAAUUGUGCGAUGGAACGACUACCGCCGAAUGAACGAAGCAUUCGCUGAGCGUGUCUGCGAAGCCUACAAGCCGGGAGACAUUGUCGUCGUCCACGACCAUUACCUGAUGCUCGUCCCAGAACUUCUCCGGAAACGCCACCCCGGAAUGCACAUCGUCUUCUUCCUCGAGUCUCCCUUUCCUACCAGCGAGCUCAUCCGCUGUCUGCAUCGACGAGAGGAGAUACUGAAGGGAGUCCUUGCCUCUGAUCUCGUCUGCUUCCAGGCCUUCCACUAUCUGCAGCACUUUGCAAACUCGUGCUCCAGAAUCCUUCGCUGCAAGGCCACAAGUGAAUGGGUGGAAGCGGACGAGACCAAAGCACGAGUCCAUCUGACCGUGCUUCCGUCUGGGAUCAACGUUGCCAAGAUAACAUCUCUGGCUUACGCCCCUUCAGUCGACAAGACAUACGCCGAACUGCUCAAGCUAUACAAGGGCAAGAAGGUCAUCAUUGGCAGCGACCCCCUGAGCCGUUUUGGAGGCGUGGAGAAGAAGCUCCAGGGCUUCAAGCGCUUCCUCGAUAAAUAUCCAGAGUGGCAACAUCACGUUGUCUUGGUGCAAAUUACGAGCCCGGCAACCAUGGCUGACGACGACGGCGAUAACAUCGUCUAUGCCCGUCAGGUCAACGACUUGGCCAGCUCCAUCAACCAGGCCUACGGCUCCCUCGAUUUCACGCCGGUUCAGAUACACAACCAGAGACUGUCUCAGGACGAGUACUUUGCCGUUCUGCGCCUUGGAGAUGUGGCAGUGAACACCUGCGUGCGAGAGGGAAUGAGCACGACGAGUCUGGAGUAUGUCGCGUGCCAGCGCGAUACUCAUGGGCCGCUCAUCAUCUCCGAGUUCAGCGGAACGGCGAGCAGCUUGGAAGAGGCGAUCCGGAUCAACCCCUGGGACGUGAGUCAGGUGGCCGAUGAGAUCCAUCACGCCUUGACCAUGUCGCCCAAAGAACGGAAUCAGAUGCACAAGGCCCUGUACCAGCGGGUCGUCCAAGGAAAUGUGCAGCUUUGCGUGAGCAGCAUGCUGAAGAGGCUGAUUGACGUGCUCAAGCUUGGUGAUAGCGGCAGCUUUCGCAACGAGGAGCUUCUGUCAAAGUCAUAG